GGAUCUGAUGGCAAUCCAGCGGUGAUCCAGACAGCAUCUUGGUAUCUAGACUCGAUCUUGAGCAUCAGUAGCGUUCAACUAGAGCAGUUGCAGCCGGUUGCAGCCGCUUGCUUCUGGAUCGCUCAGAAGCAUCAUGGACCAGUGGCCUCCGCUUCUAAGCUUAUUAAAUGUGCAAACAGAGCCUUUAGUACAACACAAUUAUUGAGGACCGAAGAGGCGAUCUUGAAGAAAUUGAAAUUUCCAUCGCAACCAGUUGUGCCUCAAGAUUAUAUAACGUAUUUGUCCUGGUGGUCAGAUAACGCUCAUCCCGGUGAAAUUGAAGUAGCAGCGGUCUUUCUCUGCUUAUGCGGUUUAAUGGUAGAUAAAACACUCUGCAAUGAGUUACCGUCUGUAAUAGCCGCUGCUAGCGUACAAAACGCCUUACUGCUUCUGGGGAAACGGGACUUGAUGCUGCGCCUUCAGACAUGUCCUGUGUUUAAAGCAGCAAAAAAUAAGACGACGAAUAUGUGUUGCAUUUGCUCAACAUUGCGUACAGCGGUGCGUAUCGUGUCGAACUAUAAGUACGAGUACAAGGCGCCAAUAGAAAUUUUUGGAAUUGGCCCCCAUUUUAUAGCACAAAAGAUUGUAAAAUGCGCAUACGACCUUAAAGAUUUGGAAGUUCAGUGUACAAGGAAUUGA